AAAUAUUUUUUUCAACUCUUUAAUAGUUUUAUAGCAUUGUUGACCAACCUUCAGGCUAAAACUUGACACUUGGAGUUCAAGUUUUUUUUUUUAGGACUAAUAGCUGAGUGUCUAAUGUACUAAUUACUUUCUCAGAUGAUGGAUGACGUAGUGCUGCGCGCGCGUCUGGUCCUCCUGCUGCUCGUGGUGGUGCAGGCGCAGGACCAAAGCUUGGGUCACGUGGAUCCGUUAACGCUAAGCCGCGCUGACCCGCGCUGUUGGGAAAGUGCUUCUGUGGUGCUGCUGGAGAUGCGCACGCCGCGAAUCGCGCACACAGUGCCUGACUUCUGGGAUCUCAUGGUGUUUCUGAAAGCCUCGGACAACCGGAAACACGGCGCCCUGUUUUGGGACCUGGCACAAGUCUUCUGGGACCUCUACGUGGACUGCAUUCGGUCCCGAAACCAUGGGCUCGGGAGGCGGCACAUCAUGCGGACAAAAAGGCGGGUCACGGUCGCGCGCUCUCUCUCUGCGGACAAGUCUAUUGUGCAAGAAACGCAGAACCAUUUUUCGAAGUUAAAGGAGUUUACUCGAGCCUGGUUUGAAAUACAGGUGCAGCAGGAGGGACCACGCAGCUUGCACAAUGAUGCUUAUCCCAAAACCAAGGCUUCAAAGAAAAUUUCACACUUUUAUUCAUGAAGAAAAAAAUGAAGAUAAAAUAUUUUUUCCAGUGGCAACUUUUUUCUGUUUAAUAAAAUAA